UAAUUGUCGAGAGAAAUAAACCCAAAAAAAAAGGGUGCGAUGGAGGUGGUUGCCGGAGUUUCUUUGAGGUGGAUUUUUCCGGCGGCGGUGGCGGUGUUGGUCCAUUAUUUGUACUACACGGUGUGGAGGAAGACCGCGGAGGUGAGGCGGAAGCUCCGGGCGCAAGGCGUGUGGGGGCCUCCGCCGUCGGUUCUGUACGGGAACUUGCCCGAGAUGCAGAAGAUCCAGCUGCAGGCGGCGGUGGCGGCGCCGCCCAAUCAGGCGUCGGCGAUUGUGGCUCACGAUUAUACCUCCACUCUCUUCCCCUAUUUCGUCAAGUGGACCAAAGAAUACGGCCCAUUGUACACGUACACGACGGGGGGGAGGCAGCAUCUGUACGCGAACAAGGUGGAGAUGGUGAAGGAUGCGGACGUGAUUUCUAGGGCUUGCUUCGGGAGCUCCUACGCCAAGGGGAAGGAGAUCUUCUCCAAGCUUAGGGAUCUUCAGAAGUUGGUUAGCGAAGGAAAUUUCUCCUUUGGUCACAUUUCCUUCAGCGACAGAUUUUUUCAACCAAGCAAGCACAGAAGAAUAAAAAAGCUGGAGAAGGAGAUCGAGUCAUUAAUAUGGGAGACUGUUCAGCAGCGGCAACAAGAAUGCGCCAAAACGAAGUCGUCGUCAGAGAAGGAUCUCUUGCAGCUGAUCAUGGAGGCUGCCAUGAGCGACCCGACCGUAGGAGGCUGCAGCGACUCCUCGAAAAAGUUCAUCGUCGACAACUGCAAGAGCAUCUACUUCGCUGGCCAUGAGUCCACCGCCGUUGCUGCCACCUGGUCCUUGAUGCUCCUCGCCCUCCACCCCAAGUGGCAAGAUCGUAUCCGCUCCGAGCUCGCGCAAGCUUGCCCCGAUGGCCACCCCGACACAGCUGCGAUCUCUCAACUCAAAUCGGUUGGAAUGGUGGUUCAAGAAACACUGCGACUGUACCCACCGGCGGCAUUCGUGGCAAGGGAGGCAUUCGUCGAUACUCGGCUUGGCGACGUGGUGGUUCCAAAGGGUGUCUGCAUAUGGACAUUGAUUCCAAUGCUGCACAGAGAUGCCGAAAUAUGGGGCGGGGAUGCGAACGAGUUCAAGCCAGAGAGGUUCGUGAACGGCAUAGCGAAGGCCUGCAAGUACCCUCAGGCGUACCUGCCAUUUGGGGCAGGUCCUAGACUGUGCUUAGGGAAGAACUUCGCCUUGGUUCAGUUGAAGAUCAUCGUUUCCAUGGUAGUUUCAAAGUUUAGAUUCUCACUGUCUCCUGAUUAUCGCCAUUGUCCUUCUUAUAGAAUGAUUGUGGAGCCUGCAGAUGGUGUGAAGAUUGUCUUCCAAAGGGUUUGAGUAUAAUUUAGAGUACUUUAGGGGCUAUGUUUUGGUUCUGUUUUUGUAAAUGAGAGGUUAAUGAGUUUAGAUUUCUGUUGGGAUGUUUCGAGUUACGGUUAUGCUCGAGCAUGUUCAGGUUGAGAAGGUCGGAAUGGUGUGUUUGGUAUGUGUGUUUGUUUAUCUUGAUCAAAUGGUACAAGUUUGUUAAGCUUUAUACAAGCUACAUAAACAUAUAGGUUAUAGAAACUCACUUUUAUAAAAUCAACAACUGACAUUUUGUA